GCGAAGAAGCGGGUUGUCUCCUCUGUGUCGAUGGAGCAGAGGAGCUUGCCUCCCCCAUACAGGUCAAACGCAACCGCUGGAAAGGAGCGCUCGCAGACCAUAAUGCAGCGCGGGAGUUGAGACGCGAUGUCCCAAUCGCCCCUGCUGCCCACUAGCACCCGAUCAUAAACUCUUCGACCACGAGAUUUCGAGUACAUGGACAUCGCAGUAAUGGAUGACCACUACUGCCUUCGAACGAACGAAUCAGGAGGCCAACGGCGUGGGCGGAAAAACGUGGCGAUGCAGUUUAGUAUUAACAAUCGAUUUCACGGCACGGUGUGGGAACGAGCCUUCGCAGGCGAUAUUGGAGUAAUCGCGGGCGUCAAGAAGCUGUCCAAGCCCAGUGCGGUAGCUAUGCCUGCUUCUGCUGCCUCCGUCACAUCUCCCGAUCAGGACCGUACAGCGGCCGCCGGGGCACAUUUGCCAGCGGUGGCCCAUCUGGACUUGGCAUACCAAAGGUUGUGCAUGCGAUGGCAUGGAUCGCUGCCCCCAACGAUUACAUCGCCAACCGAAACACUAUCAGCAAGCUCAGCGAAUUCAACAAAGCUUUCCUACCAGCCAACGAUUGCUGGUGUUCACACAUUCGCAGAUCUUCAAAUCGCUUGUCGACUGCCAUUACGAUGUCGAGGACAACGGGUUUACAGCACAGUAUCCCGGAUGAGUUGUGUUCGCCAGAGACGUUGUCGGGCGUUGCUCGCCCGAAGUGCUUACGUUCCCUGGUUCCGGAUCCAGAGCAACCCCCCAUUGCCACAGAAUGCGAACCUAUAUCGACAUCUGCCUCGCUUUUUGCGAUGUCGAUAUCUUGAACAGUUACUUCGCAGCAUGACUACGAGCCGAAUCAAGGGUUGGAUUACUUUGGCCAACGCUGACCGCAUAUUGAAGGGGGCCGCACCGAGGGAGCUUGCGGACCUUCACAAGCGGAUCGGUGCAGAAAUUUUGAAAAGGCCCCAGAUUUGCGAAAAGCAGAGAAACCUUCCAUUUCAGAGCGCAAAAUGAACCGCGGAUUCAGCCCCGACGCCGAGGGAUAGCCACCAGCUCCCAGCGCGGAAAAAACGCAGAUACCCUGAUCCGGGCCCCGCCAACCCGUCGCCGACCG